AUGGAGCAGAAGAUCGAGGAAGACGUCGACGCUACCAAGCGUACGCCACCACGUCGCGUGGGGGCUGUUCGAAGAGCUUUUCUAAGCUGUCGAGGCUUCUGGACAGGCGUGACAGUCGUUCCGACGUUUGUGGUGGUGCUGGUCGGGUUGGUGCUCUUCGGGUUUGCCAUGGAAGCGCAUAUUCUAGCGUGUAUGCCGGAAUUCUCCGUCUUUAAUGGGAAAGGAGUCUGUGUUCCACGAGUCUUGAACGUCAGUGGGAUCGAGUACCACUCGGGUCAUCGGUUUUACUCGGUAUUGAAAGAAAUGGGUCAACCCAAGACGCUAAAGUUUCGCGGAGAGCAUACAAAGCUCUGUCAGGAAAGCUUGAGGACCAAAAUGAAGUAUGGGUACUGUUUACCGAUAUCAGGAAGGAAGGACACGCCAUUCUGUCUCGCAGGUGACCGAACGGACCUGUUGACGACUGGCUCGCCCAAGUCGGUUUGUUACGCGAGUGUACUGCAUAUGUUACUGGUAGAUGUGUACGAGGAGCUGAAAGCUACGGGUAACACUCCACUAAUCACGUUUGGGUCGCUGCUCGGAGCCGUACGCAAUGGUUCUAUGAUCCCGUUCACAGAGGACACAGACAUUGGCUAUGUGCAGCGACUUCACGACAUCCAACCGCUGAGGAAAGCGCUUUGGGACAAAGGGUAUCACAUGUUUUACUUAAAUAUCUGGCGCGUAUGCGUGGCGCCGACGCAUCCGCUGGCUUCGAAACUUUAUGAUUCGAGCUUGCCGCUGACUCAGAGCUACGAUGUACCAUACGUCGACUUGUACCGAAUGAAGAAAGCCAAGACUGGGAACUGGGAAAUCCAGGAGAUGGACGGGAGCAACGGACGUUUCUUUCCCGGCCACAUGGUGGAACCGUUCUCGCAGGUUACGAUCAAUGGAAUGCCCUUUGAUACAGUACACGACCCACACUUCUUUUUGAAAGAAGCAUACGGACCGGACUACAUGACUCCACAGCAACGAACCGAGGAGCCAGAGAUUAGAAAUAGUACAAGCAACAGCACGAUCAACAUAAUAGGAGAGAAGAAAUAA